CCUCUCUUUCGAGCAUCUCGCCGACCCGACCCGGAGAUAGCGGUUCCGUAAGGUGGUGCUGGUGCGGUGUGUGUGGAUUCGCUUUGUGUUGUUUUAUUUAGUCGUGUGUUCCAGCGGAGAGAGAGUUAGCGGUUUGUGGAUCGAGCAAGUAAUCAACAACAUGAUCGGCAGUGACUACGUGCUGGAGGCACAUAAUAUUUACCAUACCACCGAGGUCGACACCGGAGGUUGCUUCAAUGGUGGGGGACAAUCAGCCUUGGUCCUGAAGGGGGUCCACCUAACGGUAAAAAGCGGAGAAGUGAUGGCCAUUUUGGGCUCCAAAGGUAGCGGCAAGCGGGCCCUGCUGGACGUUAUCGCUCGCCGUUCGGAAGGAUCCUCACGCGGGCAGGUAUUGCUGAACGGGUCUCCGUUGACGAAAUCGCUGUUUCAGCAACGCUGCGGGUACGUGACACAUGCCUGUACCUUCGUGCCCGGACUGACGGUCUCGCAGACACUGAACUACACGCCAACCAUUCUGGGCGGCUAUCUGAAAAGCUCGAAGGUACGCCAGGUGUUGGCUGAUCUGGCACUGUCGCAGGUGUCCCACAAGAAGGUGGAAAAUUUGAAUAUCAGUGAGACACGCCGGUUGGCCAUAGGAAUUCAGCUGGUUCGGGAUCCAGUUAUGCUGCUGCUGGACGAACCGACCCAGGGACUGGAUCCGCUGAGUGCUUAUCUGCUGAUAAGCAUUCUCUCUAACUCGGCCAAGAAGACGGGUUGUGGAAUUCUGCUUUCAAUGGAGAAACCUCGUUCGGAUGUGUUUCCGUUUCUGGAUAGGGCUCUGUUCCUUUGUCUGGGAGGAGCUGUCUAUUCGGGCGGAACCAGAGCAAUGCUGGAGUAUUUCCACGGGAUUGGAUUUCCCUGUCCGGAGCUGGAAAAUCCAUUGAUGUACUACCUUUGUUUGUCCACCGUUGAUCGAAGAUCCCGUGACCGGUUCCUGGAGUCGAGCCAACAAAUCGAAGCGUUGGUGGAAAAGUUCGCCCGAGAAUCGCCCAUCCCGGAGGCGCCAAUCAAUCCGAUCGGCAGCGGUAAGAUUCCGUUGGCCUACGGAAAACCGGGCGAACUGAAGGUUUGGGGCGUUCUGUAUUUGCGGCUGCUGGCGGCAACCUUUUCCUGCGGUUAUGCAGGAAUGAAGGCAAUGUUCUUGCGCUUGUUGGCCCUACCUGUCGCCAUGGGACUUAUGUGGCUAUUCUACAGCCAAAUUGGAGACGAUUCGCGCGGUUUCUUCAGCAAAAGUGGAAUGAUUAUGACCGUCUUGGGGCUUAGCUAUGGGGUGGGCAUUUGGACGACGAUAUGCCUAUUUCCCACUUGGCGAAAACGUUUCUGUCAGGAAUACUCGGAGGGUUUGUAUACCGGAGCUACCCUCCUGAUAGCCUACAAUGCUGUGUCGAUGCCAUUUUCGUUCAUCUCAGCGGCAAUAGCAUCGUGCGUCUUCUAUCCGCUCAUAUUAAAUCCUACGACACCGGACGGUCUCACGUUCAUGUACAUCCUGAUCGCACUAUGGACCUGUUUCGUGCUUGCCGAACAGCUAAGCAUUGCCUUCCUAUUGGUCAUCAAAUCCCAGAUAAACGCUGCCAUUGCCGUUUCCUACAUUCUGGUUAUCUGUCUGUCACUAGCUAGCGGAACAGUACGCUCCUACAAAGGGCUUUCGCCGUGGCUGCAGGAAAACGCCAAAGGCAUUCACAGCAAGUACGCCAGCUCGUUGCUGCACACGACCAUCUUUCACGCUCGUCGAAUGGACUGCAAUCCGGCAACGGGAGCGAUUUGUCCGCAGCCGACCGAGUUUUUGCUGGAACGCAUCGGCAAGGCGCACCCACAGGAAACGACCGACAUCGCGGCCUGUGUUGCGUUCGCUUUGGGCUUGUGCGCCUUCAAUAUGAUCCUGUAUCUGCUGCCGAUGCCACGGUGCGUGAGGCGGAAGUUCCGAGAGUGAAGCUUUCCCGGGGAGUCGCGCGCUGGUGAAGCGAAUGUUUUAGUUUUAGGUUUUCAUGCUAUUAUUUAUGUCGCAAGUAAUAACAAUCUU